CAAGCCCUGGGCUGCCCGGCGGAAGAUGAACCCACCUAGCCUGUGAAGCUGGGAUCCAGUCGCUUGAGAAAAUCCUGAAAAAUGGGUUAUUGGAGGAGCCUUCCUCUUCUGCUGCUGCUACUGAUGCGGUUGCUCUCAUGUAACAGCCAAUCGGGACGUAAUGUGAAGACCAAUGUUUGUAAGUGGUGUGAUAUUACAUAUCCAGUAUGUGAAGAUCAGGUGUGUUACAGCAACUGUGGUUUAAGCUCCUAUUGUGAAAAGCCCGAAGAAAUAUGUGUGUCUAUAUGGAAACAAGACAACGAAAGUGUUAGAGUGAGCACGCUUUGUCACAACCCACAAAUGCCAGUUGAAAAUGUCAUGAUUCCCAAGUAUAACACCUCCCAGUGUGUGAUGGUCCGUCAGCACAAUGAAGAUGGGAUAUUUUACAUAUGUGGCUGUGUGGAUGAGCAGGAGUGCAACGACAAACUUAUAUUUGAAAAUCAUACAAAUGGAUAUUCCAUGUUGCAAAGUAAGGAGAUCAUUCCUGUCGCAGCCAUCAGUCUGUUGCCUCCACUGCUUGUUGCCAUCGUGAUAAUAGUGACGUUUUACCUCUGCCGAACCCAUAGACAGAGAAGAAGAUCCAAGGAAUGGGCACAGAAUCAAACACAGCACCAUACCUUGCCUGAGUCAAGCAGAGCCACUGGCUAUGAAGGGAUCUCAUCUGUCUAUGUAGACAACCACUCUGCUGUACACUCGGCUUGUGCCAGCAAUAUUGACUAUGGCACUGAACUUUUGCCCAUUGAGCUCGAUGCGAGAGUGGGUAAAGGGCAGUUUGCAGAAGUGUGGAGAGCAAAACUCAAGCGUGCCUCUUCAAGCGACCAGUAUGAAACUGUGGCAGUCAAGAUUUUUCCUUGUGAGGAGUAUGCUUCAUGGAGAAAUGAAAGCCAGAUCUUUUGGGAUGCCAACUUUAAACAUGUUGACAUCCUUCAGUUCCUCGCAGCAGAGGAGAGACAUUUGGGCCUCCAGAAGGAAUAUUGGCUCAUCACGGCCUAUCACAGUCAGGGAAACCUCAAGGAUUAUUUGUCAAGGAAUAUUCUGAGUUGGAGAGACUUGCAAAAGAUAGCCGGGUCCAUUGUGAAUGGCGUGGCCCACUUACACAGCGACUAUACUCCUUGUGGCCAUCCAAAGAUCCCCAUUGCCCAUCGGGACAUCAAAAGUACAAACAUCCUGAUGAAGAGUGGUCAGGAAUGUGUACUCUGUGAUUUUGGAAUUGCUUUGAGGCUGGAUCCAUCAUUGACGGUGGAAGAGUUUGCUAACAGCGGACAGGUGGGUACAGCCAGAUAUAUGGCUCCUGAGGUCUUGGAAUCCAGAGUGAAUCUUGAAGAUCUGGAAUCCUUCAAACAAAUGGAUGUCUACUCCAUGGCUUUGGUUUUAUGGGAGAUAGCCUCCAGGUGUGAUGUUAUCGGAGAGGUUAAGAGUUAUGAGCUACCAUUUCAAGCAAAGAUCCGGGAACAGCUGUGCAUGGAAAUAAUGAGAGAUAUUGUACUGCAUGGCCGAGGGCGUCCUGAGAUACCAAGUAACUGGCUGGUACAUCAGGGAAUGCAUUUCUUCUGUGAUACUAUUACAGAAUGCUGGGAUCAUGACCCUGAAGCUAGGCUCACAGCACACUGUGUAGCAGAGCGGCUUAACCUGAUAGCACAGACAGAUUGCGAUGACAUCCUCAACAACAACAGCAUUGACAAUGAGACCAACAAAAUGGGAUGUCCAAGAGAAGAAAGUCAAAAUAGCAAUAAGGACAUCCAAUGAUUGAAGGAAUACAAAGAAUAGAUACAUCUAUGGGCACACCGCUAUGCAAAACUGUACCCAAUGCCUUACCAUUUAGAUUCCUGAAGGAAUUAAAACAUGGAUUUGUAAGAGCCUGACUGGCAUUCUAUUGGUAAUGUAUUCAUGCAGAGUUUCUCCUACAGAAGAAGACGGGCAUUUUUGUUUGACAUGGAACCUCACAUUCAGUCGACAGAAGCAGUUGUAUGCAAUCAAAUGUGCCUGUACACUACACGUAUUGCAGUUGUAAAUUUUUUAUUUCUUUGCAUAAUAAGUUUCAUAGUGUUGCAAUUCACUAAUGCACAACUAUCACAAAAUGCUUUUUAAUCUGUCCCAGAUUAUUUUGAAACCACUAUCAGAGAUGAGGACAGCAGGCGGCUACAAUGGGAAGGUGAUGUAAGACACUUAUAACUGCAUGAGCUGAAACCCAUUCCUGCAAUAUUAGUUGUAAGCCACUAGUAUUUUCCUUUUAAAAAUUAGCUAUUGACAAGCAUUAUCUUAAAUAUUUAUUCAUUAUGUCAGGAAAACCAGAAUCACAAUCCUAGCUUAAGAAAUCAUCAGAAAAGAACAGGUAGUCAAAUCAGGUAAAAACUUAAAAAAACUUUUUAAAAAAUCUUUUACUAUAACCUUAAACAUUUUAAACCGCAUUGUUACAUCGUACAGUGCUAGAAAGCAUUACCACUAUAAUACUGGGUUUCAAUGGGAAAGAAACACAACCCACUCCAGAAGUGUCUUCUGCAAUCUUCUUUCCUUCAUUUUUAAUAGCUAGGAUAUUUUCUAAUUCCUAGUCAAAGUCCACAUUUUACCUAAACAGAAGGAGAGGGUGUCUGAGUUGUCCAUACAGAAAGGCUAGAUUCCAAAGAGAUGAACUUAAAUUUCCAGGACUUUUCAGCGUCUCCCUUCUCACAAGAGUGUCAUAGGGUGCUCAAAUUCCAUUAAUGCAGAAGUAUCAUGCCCCACUCCAGAUGUUUUUAAACUACAGCGUCCAAAAACUCUAGCCAGUAGAACCAAUGGCAAGGAAUGCUGGGAACUGCUGUUCAACAGCAUCUAGCCAUUUGUCAGGCAUGCUUUAAUUCUGCAUUCAUGUAUGGCAGGGGGGUUGGACUGGAUGGUCCUUGUGGUGUCUUUCAACUCUGUCAUUCUAUGAUCUUGAGUGAUGCAAGAUUCCCAUCCCCAAACAAUUAGAUGGCAGGAUACAAUAUGCUUCAAGUCAGACAAGGCAACAGGAUCAUAUCCAGAAGACCUUUAUGCAUCCAGAUGAUUUAGGUACAAGCGUGAAGUACAACUGGCAGUAUGCCUGAAAUGCUAUUCUGCGGAAAUCUAUGUGACUUAUACAUCAUACAAAAUAUAAAAACUUAUUAUCACAGUGAAUGACAAA